AUGCCUCCACCGCAUUGCUUCCGCCACCCUCUCAAUCUCGCUCUUCAACCCCUCAUUCUAGCAACCGCAGACACAGUCCAGUUCGGCUCCAAACUCAGCCGCAUCAUCCACCUCACAAUGCCCUGCGUAGCGUCGCCGAUGGACACCGUCAUCGAAUCUACCAUGGCUGUGGCCAUGGCCACUGUCGGCAGCUCGCGGCGUGUUCCCUUCGAGUCGGAUCUAGUUGUGAAGUCCUCGUUCGAUUCGGUGGGUUCAGUUUCGGAUUUAUGUUCUAUGUCGUGCGUUCUGGUGAUAGGAUCAAGGGUGGCAAGGUCGAAGAUGUCGGGAGUGGUGUGGAGGUUUGAUUGGGAAAAAUUGAGCGAUAAGGGAGUGAAGGUUUAUGAGUAUAUGAUGAGUUUUCCGGAUUUGGUUCCGGCUAGCUGGGACUUUGAGCAAGGGGUAUUUGGCUGUAAAGAAGCUUAG